GCGUGAAUAAGAAACAAAAGUAACGCACAUUCAUUUUCAGUAUCAUUAAUGCCCAGCAUGCGGCGCCAACGGAGCUAGCAAUGCUACGACAUUUUGUUGACGGAAGUUGGCGUUCAUAGAAGAAGAAAUGAGCAACGAUGGUGAGAUUGAAAUCGAGGUAUUUACUCUGUGAGAUAAACGUGACGGACAGGAACGGUUUGUUGCUCCUGAAUGACCGAGCUAUCGCCGAGGCGGUGAAAGAAGCGGUGGCCCGAAUACACGGCGACUAUGGGGCGGCCAUGUGCAGCAUAAGAUUCUCUGUGAAAUACCUGAAUACUCAAACAGGAAUGGCACUCCUGCGUUUCCCUAAAAUGAGCUACAAACUGCUGUGGUCUGCAUUACCUUUUAUCACCAGCAUUGAGACCCGCUGGCAGAAAAUCCCAUGUUUUCUGAACUGUCUGCACGUAGGAGGAACAAUCAGAACUUGUCAGAAGUUUCUGGUACGUUACAACACACGGCAGCUCCAUCGAAUGCUCCCGAAUUGUAAAAAUGAAGAAGAAAAGAAACAGAUUCGCAAAGCUAUUUUAAGUUGUUCAAUGGUACAAGGAGAAGAUGAACCAGAUGAUGAUGAUGGUGAUGAAGAUGAAGCAUAACCUGACAAGUCCAACCCUCCCAUCAAUCUUAUGAGUUUCGUUUAUUUGUAACCUGUUUUGUGCUAUAGUUUUUUUGUAUAAUAAAAUGGAAAAAAAUUUGA